AUGAAAAAUCACACCAACAGGAACGAAAUUUUUUCUCCCGAUUUCCAGUCUUACAACACAAUUAGAAGUGAAAAGUUAUCCGAAAAAUCUCGAAAAAGAGAUAUCGAAGCCAGAAACAACAAAUUCAGAUCCUUCCCUUCAAAACUUAAAAAGAAAAAAAUAAAUCACAUAAAGCAAAAUUUUUUGGCUCGUCAAUUUAUGACUGAAUGCUAUUUAACUUCUCCGCACUAUAUAAAUUCAGAUUAUCUUAUAAUACCACGACCUUCAGGAAAAAGAUGCAUGAUACUAGUGCAUGAUGGCAUUACUACCUCAUUUGAUAAAAAUGGGAAUUUAAUGAAAUCAUACUCUCCUGGGAUUUUGUUUUCAAAUUCUAACUCUCGUGGAGGCAUUAUAUUACUAGACUGUAUAUAUAGUGAAAAUCAAGACACUUAUUAUGCGCUUGAUUUAUUGUGCUGGAAAAUGGAAGAGUUUUAUGAAUAUCCAGCAGAGUCAAGGUUUUAUUUUUUGCAAUGCUAUUUAUCACAAUGUGAGAUAUCUGGGCUAUCUAUUAAAACUAUUAAUAUUUUUGAAGGAAACCUUGAGGGACUAAGAAAUGCUUAUUUUUGGAAGUUUGACUAUGAAAAAGAUGGACUGAUUUUUUAUAAUAAAAAUAGUAGCUAUGUCCUUGGAAUUAACCAUGAUAUUAUGAUAUGAAAGGAUGCUAAUUGCAGCUUAUAUGCAUUGAAUAAUAUUUCUGAGGAAAUUGAGAUUAUUUUAUUUGUAAAAUAUACUGGAGAGCUAUUAACUUUAGAUGGCUUUGUACUAGGCAGUGUUGAUAUUGAAAAAUAUCAAUUGCACCAUGGAAAUUUAGUCAAAUGCAAAAUUGAAGCAAUUAAUACUGACAUUGAGCAGCCAGCUGUCAUCGGGCUUGAGUUCAUGCAAAAAGCAUCAUUCCGCAAAGGUAAAGCUGAUCAUUGAAGUAAAAUUUUAUAUCAAUAUUUAUCUAGAAAUUCCCCAAUUACUUUUAUCUCUAUCGAAGAAGCCUUUAUUUCAAACGAUCACAUAGAUACCCCAAAAACAAUUUAUUUUGGUAAUUAUUUAUAUCCCACUGUCUAA